AGGCCGAAGCUCUGCUCCGGUCACAAAAGCUCGAGAGAUUCUUGAGCAACCAACCCGAUCGACCGAUCGAAGCUCGUUGAUUUCCCGAUCGAGCAUGCCGGGCCCUUCCAUGGCGACGAUCAGCUGCUGCCACCAGCUCAGGCCUCCGUCUCCUGCCACGGCCAGGGAAGGCGCCCCCGCCGCUGGCCAUCUCCCUGUGCUGCGCCGGGCGUGCCUCGCGGCGGCGUGCGUCGUGGCCGUCGGGGCAACGGGCGCGGUCGACGGCGCGGCGAUGGCCACGUCCUGGGGAACGGCCCCGGGGAGCGGCGCGCCGCACGAGGCGGCCCUGGUGCGCGUGCAGGCGCCGUCGCGGUGGAGCGACCGGAGGCAGUGCCCUCCGUGGCGCGCCAACUCGCUGGAGAACGUCGUGCCGGAGAACCUGCCCCGGCCGGCGCCGCGCCGGAGGUUCAACGGCGUCGCGUCCGCCGACAGGGCGCGUGCUCCUGCGCCCGCGGCGUCGCCCGACGCGGUGGUUCCGCUCCUGGCGCUGCGCUCCGGCAGCAUGGGCUGCUUCUCCCUCUAAUUCAGUUAGUAGGAUCGUUAAGUUAGCUUGUAAGUGUAACCCAUGGGUGAUUAGACAGGCGAAUUAGCGUGGCCCUGUGUCGACAGCUUUUAAUUAGGUGCUAGAAGGAAUAAGCUUUCCCACAUGUUAGUAGCUGGGAGUACAUACGCUGAACAUACUGUUUUAUCUGUGAUCAUCUUCUAUGUAUUCCGAUUCUUUGCUCCAAGAAAUUAUUCAUUAUUUGGCUUAUUGGCCACAUUCACCUUC